CGAGUAUUUGAUCAUGGCGUGUGCUUCUUUGUUUGGUUAAUAAUUCAAACAAAAUUGAAAAUCAAUUGAAAGUCUCCUCCUUUCUCAUAUACGACAAGAAGAAAUUUCGUUUACGAAGAUUUGUACUCUGAAGCGACAAAAGAGGAAGCAGCGUCUGAAGCAUACGAAGAAGCAGUCUAUUAAUCUCUCUCCCUCUCGCUCUCGAUUGUUCGGGAUGCGAAAUGAAUAGUCUUUUCAAAAUUCAGCACCCAUUACGCUCUGCUCUCACUUCACGCUUCCUUCAACGCACUCUAGCAUAUGCCUCGAACGAGAGGAAAGCGGAGGCCUCGCCGGAGCCAAGCCCUAGCUUCAUUCAUCCAACUGCAGUUGUCCAUCCGGACGCCAUUAUCGGCCAGGGUGUCUCGGUUGGUCCGUUUUGUACCGUUGGCUCCUCUGCCACGAUUGGCAAUGGUUGUAAGUUAUAUCCAUCGAGCCAUAUAUUUGGAGAUACAAAGCUCGGGGAGCGCUGCGUUUUAAUGACUGGUGCUGUGGUUGGUGAUGAUCUUCCUGGGAGUACUGUGAUAGGAUGCAAUAAUGUUAUUGGUCAUCAUGCUGUGGUUGGUGUUAAAUGUCAAGACUUGAAAUACAAGCCAGGAGAUGAAUGUUUUCUUAACAUUGGGGAUAACAAUGACAUCAGAGAACAUGCAUCGAUUCACCGAUCGUCAAAGCCAGCUGAUAAGACGGUGAUCGGUGAUGACAAUCUUAUUAUGGGUUCGAGUCAUAUUGCUCAUGAUUGCAAAAUUGGAAACAAUAACAUAUUUGCUAAUAAUACUCUUCUAGCUGGGCAUGUUAUUGUGGGAGACUAUACUCACACCGCAGGAGCCAUUGUUGUUCAUCAAUUCUGCCAUAUUGGUUCUUUUUCUUUCAUUGGCGGGGGUUCUGUGGUUUCACAAGACGUCCCAAUGUAUGUGAUGGUGUCUGGAGAAAGAGCUGAGCUUCGUGGUUUGAAUUUGGAGGGUCUUCGUCGUCGAGGAUUUUCUGUUGCUGAGAUCAGAAGUCUGAGAACAGCUUACAGAAAGAUAUUUGUGAGUGUUGAUUCGGAUUCUUUGAGUUUUGAAGAAUGUCUUGCGAAAGUGUAUGUUGGAUGGUGCAGUCUCUUCGUGGCUCUUUUGCUGAAAGUCGUCGUGGAAUAUGCAACUCUAGACGAUGGAGCAGUUCCUGAUGGUAAUCUACUCUGUUGUGGAAAUCUCUGUUGUGGAAAUCCCACUCUACGCUUUUGAUCUUGCAUUUUGUCAUUGGCUCAUGUCAUGUGAGCAUGUUCUACAUUUGAGGUUAUUGCAAUGUUCAAGUUACCAAAUAUGAUGCUGGUGCUGUGGUUGCAAGCAAUUAUGUGACCGCUCUUCGCCUUUCUCUUUGCAGAGUCUUAUUGACAGCCAUUCUGAUUUCCAGCUAUUGUAGACUAAUUUUGAUAUAAAAAUUUUCCCAAGCUUUAAUUUGCGACAGCUAUGCAAAGGUAAAAUUAGACAGGAAAUGCCU